AUGGAACCAAGGAACCAUACAUGCCUUGUGGAAUUCCUUCUCCUAGGAUUCUCAGAGGAUCCAGCACUGCAGCCUAUUGUAUUUGGGCUGUUCUUCUCCUUGUACGUGAUCUGUGUCAUUGGGAACCUGCUCAUCAUCCUGGCCAUCUUCUCUGACACCCAUCUGCACACACCCAUGUACUUCUUCCUCUCCAACCUGUCCUUGGUGGACAUCAGCUUCACCUCCACCACCAUCCCCAAGAUGUUGGUGAACAUCCAGAUGCAGAGCCAAGCCAUAACCUAUGCAGGCUGCAUCACACAGAUGUGCUUCUUUCUGCUAUUUGGAGGUCUGGAUAAUUUUCUUCUGGCUGUGAUGGCCUAUGACCGAUUUGUGGCCAUCUGUCACCCCCUGCACUACACGGUCAUCAUGAAUCACCGGCUCUGUGUUCAGCUGGUUCUGUUGUGCUGGACCAUAAGUGUCUUGAAUGCCUUGCUACACAGCUUGUUGGUGCUGAGGCUGAGCUUCUGCACACAGCUGGAAAUCCCUCACUUUUUCUGUGAGUUGAAUCAGGUGGUCCACAGAGCCUGUUCUGACACCUUUCUCAAUGACCUCAUGAUGAAUUUUGGAGCUGUGCUGCUGGCAGGAGGUACUCUGUCAGGGAUCCUGUACUCCUACUCUAAAAUUGCCUCCUCCAUCAGUGCCAUCUCAUCAGCUCAGGGCAAGUAUAAAGCCUUUUCCACCUGUGCCUCUCAUCUCUUGACCAUCUCCCUAUUUUAUGGCACAAUCAUAGGAGUGUACCUUAGUGCCAGUGCUGCCCCAAGAUCAGCUUCAACUGCAGCAGCCUCAGUGAUGUACACAGUGGUCACCCCCAUGCUUAAUCCCUUCAUCUACAGUCUCAGAAAUAAUGAUAUCCAGAGGGCCAUUGGGCAAUUCCUUGCCAGGCUGUACCUAUUGCUGGGUCACAGCACCCAUCAGUUUACGAGAGCAUUGGGUCUAGGUAUGGAAUUUUCUUCAAAGUUUGGCUUCCUAUAUUGUAAAUCAUUUGAUUUUUUGGAUAAAGGAAACUAA